CGAGUGUUCCCCAAGCAUCAUGUCCGAAACGGCCAAGGAGAAGAGUAUCAAGUCGGAGCUGACAAGCAGAUUGGUGUUUGCUGUAGCCGCAGCAGCUUUUGGAUCAGCUUUUCAACAUGGCUACAACACAGGUGUUAUAAAUGCUCCUCAAGAUCUGAUAUCACAAUGGAUUUCUACUGUAAAGACAGAGAGAAGCGGCGAGCCAACCUCUUCUGCGACUGUGACAAUGAUAUGGUCGAUAGCAGUUUCCAUAUUCUGUGUAGGAGGAAUGAUCGGUGGCUGUACCGUCGGAAUAGUCGCUGACAAGUUUGGUAGGAAAGGGGCCUUGUUAUAUAACAACAUUUUAGUUGUAAUAGCAGCGAUAUGUAUGGGUUGUUCAAAGCUGAUUGCAUCCUACGAGCUUCUCAUUCUUGGAAGAUUUUUUAUCGGCAUCAAUGCAGGGUUGAACGCUGGUCUUGCGCCAGUAUAUCUUACUGAAAUAUCACCAGUGAGCCUUCGUGGUGCACUGGGGACGGUGUACCAGCUGGUAAUUACCAUCAGCAUUGCGCUAUCACAGGUCCUCGGCCUAGCGGCUGUCCUCGGGAGCGAGUCGCUGUGGCCUAUUCUGUUGGCGCUGACUGUAGUCCCGGCAGUUCUACAGCUCGUCACUCUCCCGAUGUGCCCUGAGUCGCCCAAACAUGUCCUCCAAAGUACAGGAAACGAGUUGAAAGCUAAGCAAGUUCUUACUUGGCUGAGAGGAGACUUGGAUGUUCACGAUGAGAUAGAAGCGAUGAAAAGCGAAGGAGGAGAGAAGAUUUCCUUGCGCCAAAUCCUGAGAGAUCCCAGCUUAAGAGCACCUCUUUUCAUCUCCGUAGCUCUGAUGCUUGCACAGCAGCUUUCUGGAAUCAAUGCUGCCAUGUACUAUUCAACAAAUAUAUUCAAGUCUGCUCAGCUGUCGGAGACUUCUGCACAGUACGCAACACUCAGCAUGGGAGCGAUGAACGUAGCAAUGACCGUUGUAUCUCUUGUACUCGUAGAGAAGGCAGGAAGGAAGACUUUGUUGUUGGUUGGUUUCAUCGGCAUGUUAUUGUCAACACUUCUUCUUGUAUUCUGUCUUUUGAACACGCAAAUCGCAUUUGUUUCCUACCUCUCGAUAGUAGCCGUCCUGCUUUUCGUACUUUUCUUUUCCAUCGGACCAGGCUCUAUUCCUUGGUUUAUUGUGACCGAGCUGUUUACGCAAGCAGCGCGCCCUGUGGCAACAUCUGUAGCUGUAACUGUCAACUGGUCUGCCAAUUUUAUUGUUGGUAUUGGAUUUUUACCGCUUGAGCACCUCAUUGGAAGCUAUGUUUUCUUGAUAUUCGCAAUUAUACAGUUCCUAUUCAUCAUUUUCAUAUUUAAAAAGGUUCCAGAAACUAAAAAUAAAACUACAGAAGAAAUCACAGCAAUGUUCAGAACAGCUAAUUACCAAGAUUAAUUUAAUUCCAUGAAGCCUUUCUUCUGAAAAGGUUUGAACCAAUACAAAAUGGUUGAACCAAGCCAUAAGUUCUACCAACUUGACAGUUUUUAUUUUAAUGUUUUUGAGAUGGUUGUAAAAUAUAUUAUAAAAACCAUUAAUAUAAUACAAUUUAUAUUAAAGUUUAUUUGAAUAAAGUAAAAUUUAAAAAUACAAACAUAUUGUAUUAUAUAAUUAUGUAUGUAUCUGCUAAUUGAAUCAUAGACAAAGAUCUGAAUAUCAACUUACAAUUGUGUUAUUAAAUGUUUUUUAUUUAUAAAUUUAUAAGCUGUAAGAGAUAUUUCCCAUCUUUC